AUGGCUGCCAACUACCAACAUAACGAACAAUCCCAACGAGCAGGCUAUGCCAACAUCGGCGCCGCUUCCUCGACCGGCGCACCCGGACACCCAACAGGACUCCAGGAUACACGAUCAACCUACGACGCCUCCAAGGGUGUAAACCCAGCCACAGGGGCCGCCUACUCAAAAUCAUCAGGGGGUGGACCUACGCAGACACAUCAGCGCCCGCUCUCGCCAUCGCCGGCUCGCAGCGAUGAUCGGAUCAUCGGGGAUGCACCACUCCCGCACACGGCCAGCACGGCGCAGCGGGCUGAGAUGCAAGAUCGCCAGGCUUCCGGGUCGAAGGCUUCGCAGGUUGGUGAGGGUGUCGGCAAGGGUGUGAUGGGAGCUGCGGCUUCGGUUCAUGUGAGUUGA